GAAUAGCAGUUCUCUGUGGAAGAGGAACAUCUCUUUAUUCUGGAGUGCCUGGGUCCAGCCACAUUCUGUCACCGUGUAGAAGGGGCAGUGGAUGUUAAGAUUCACCUAGCGACUUCUCAAAUACUUGGCACACUCUCAAAGAGGACUUCGAAGCCACCGGUCUGAACUCUGUGUUAAUGUAAGCCUGCGCAAUGUGGUUGCGAGCCUGUUGCAAUAGCUGCUCAUCACUUCCUGGUUGUGACGAGGAGACAAGUGUGGAAAUGUGAGAGCGGAGGGUCAAAAGCCAAAGCGAAGCCGUUCCUGCAUAUCCCGGAGUCAAGAGACAGUAAAAGAGGAGGGAGAUCCUUGGGGGAAGUUAGAGGGCUGCCAUGCUCCCCCUAUUCCUGACUCUGCUCUUCACUGGGCUGCGCAUGGGCCAAGGAGACACAGGAGGCCACGGGCCCCUUCCCAGGCCCUCCCUCACGGCCUGGCCCAGCGCGGUGGUGCCUGAGGGUGGUGACGUGACGCUGACAUGCCGCGCGCCCAUCGGGGACCCAGGAGAGUUUGUUCUCAGAAGGGGAGGAUACACAGUGGUGGAAGUGCCCCCACCUGACUGGACAGAGGGCCUGGCCAAGUUCAGCCUCACUGGGCUAAAAGCCAGUCAAGCUGGAGAGUACACCUGUCACUACCAGACAAGAAAGAGGCCCCGAGAAACAUCACCGCCCAGUGAGGCCCUUCUACUCCUGGUGACAGGUUUUUACAAUAAACCUUCCCUCCAAGCCCACCCACGGGGAGAGGUGACCGCAGGAGAGAACGUGACCCUGCAGUGCCAGUGGCCACGCAACAUGACUGAGCUGACACACUUUGUUAUACUGAAGGCAGGAGAGUCAACACCACCCACCCAGGUCUCCACUUCACACGAGAGGGGAACCCGCUUCUCCCUUCCGAAGGUGACAGCCAGUGACAGCGGGAACUACAGCUGUGUGAGCCACAUGACCAGGACUCCAUUCCGGGCCUCGCUCCCCAGUGAGUCUGUCUCCAUCCAGGUGACAGGGCUGCGCGUGGGCCAAGGAGACACUGGAGGAGACGGGCCUCUUCCCAGGCCCUCCCUCACGGCCUGGCCCAGCGCGGUGGUGCCUGAGGGUGCUGAUGUGACGCUGACAUGCCGCGCGCCCAUCGGGGGCCUGGGAAAGUUUCAUCUCAGAAGGGGAGGACACACAGUGGUGGAUGUGCCCCCAACUGACUGGACAGAGGGCCCGGCCGAGUUCAGCCUCACUGGGCCAAAAGCCAGUCGAGCUGGAGAGUACACCUGUCACUACCAGAGAAGAGAGAGGCCCCGAGAAACAUCACCGCCCAGUGAGGUCCUUCUACUCCUGGUGACAGGUUCUUACCCCAAACCUUCCCUCCAAGCCCACCCAAGCGGAGAGGUGACCACAGGAGAGAACGUGACCCUGCAGUGUCAGUGGCCCCGCCACGUGACUGAGCUGACACACUUUGUUAUACUGAAGGCAGGAGAGUCAGCACCACCCACCCAGGUCUCCACUUCACACGAGAGGGGAACCGACUUCUUCCUUCUGAAGGUGACAGCCAGUGACAGUGGCAACUACAGCUGUGUGAGCCACCAGACCAGGGCUCCAUUCUGGGCUUCGUGCCCCAGUGAGUCCGUCUCCAUCCAGGUGACAGGGUCUUCACCCACAGAGGAAGGUAACCUGCCUCCCCUAGAGUCCACUGCCUCCAGCACUAGUCAAAUGCAAAAUAGCAGCAACCUGUCUGACUCAACAACUGGGUACCAGAGCACAGCCAAGCUGACAGAUACAGGAGAAAAGUCUCCAAACUUUUUUCAAGGGCCCACAGGAUUCAUCGUCAUUGCCAUCUGCACUUUGCUCCUCGUGCUCCUUGCAUCCUUCCUCAUCUACAAACACACCCGAUGUGGGGCAGCUGACAAGGUGACCACAAGCUCCCGCUCUUGGAAGGAACCUGAAGAAAUGGAGACAAAUGCAGUUAUACCUGGGCAGAGUCGCUCUCCGGCCUUGGAUGAAGGAGCUCAGGUGUCACCAGCUGAAGAACCCUGUGGAGUGACUUACGCUGAGCUGGACACCAGAGCCCUAAGGGAGCGCCCUUCCAGCCAGAUGAACCCGUCUCUGGAAACCUGUGUCUACUCAGCCCUUAAAACAUAGCCGGGGAAGAUCUGGACCCCGGAAGGAAAAACUUCUGACCAGAGGAGUAUGGGGCAAAGGUCUCAUGGGGGGGCUUAUGGUAAUAGGGAUCCUGUUCCUCAAAUCUUCUCAAAACGUAUGAAUGUUUAAGUGAGAGGUGUCGUUCACAGUCGGCAAUAAGCCAGUGA